GCACCUCCAAAAGCUGUACCAAAGACUAUUGAAAACCAGCGAGUGUAUGAUGAAACCACUGUAGAUCCCAAUGAUGAAGAGGUUGCUUUUGAUGAGGCAACUGAUGAAUUUGCACCAUACUUCAACAGACAGACAGUUCCCAAGAUUCUCAUUACAACAUCAGACCGACCUCGUGGGAGAACAGUGAGAUUCUGUGAACAACUGGCCACUGUUAUACCUAACUCACAUGUUUACUACCGAAGAGGACUGGCUUUGAAAAGAAUUAUUCCUCAGUGUAUUGCAAGGGACUUCACGGAUUUAAUUGUCAUUAAUGAAGAUCGCAAAAUACCAAAUGGUCUUGUUUUAAGUCAUCUGCCUGAUGGUCCAACUGCUCAUUUUAGAAUGAGUAGUGUGCGUUUGCGUAAAGAAAUAAAGCGGAAAGGGAAGGAGCCCACAGCACACGUCCCAGAAGUGAUCCUGAAUAAUUUCACAACGCGACUGGGACACUCUGUCGGUCGCAUGUUUGCUUCUCUUUUCCCACACGAUCCUCAGUUCAUUGGAAGACAAGUAGCUACAUUCCACAACCAGCGUGACUACAUCUUUUUCAGAUUCCACAGAUACAUCUUCAAGAGUGAGAAGAAAGUGGGAAUUCAGGAACUUGGGCCACGUUUCACAUUGAAGCUGAGGUCACUUCAAAAAGGAACCUUUGAUUCCAAAUUUGGAGAAUAUGAGUGGAUUCAUAAGCGUCGAGAAAUGGAUACAAGUAGACGAAAAUUUCACUUGUAAGUGGAAUGUGCCAAUUGCUGCUGACCAGGAAUAGAGCAGCUGCUUUGAACUAUGGAUGAUCUUGAACUCCUAAUUAAUGAUAAUGGCACUGAACAGUAUCUGCAUAAAGAAAAACUGCAAACAUUAAAACUUUCUACAGCAGCAGAUCAAGCAGGACGUGUCCUUCUUCCCAUGUUUGUAGCCAACAUGACAUGGAUAGUGACUUUUUCCAGUUUAGCAGAAGAACUAUGGCAGUGUGAGAGCAGCCUGUACUUCAGCAUCACUGAAGAUUUGCCAAGACUGCUGCUGUGCUGUACAGAUUACACUUCACAUUACCAAAGACAGCAAAUAUGUUGGUUAAAGAAAUUCUCAAAAUAAAGUAUUUCUAGUUUU